CCCGCGGGUACUUCUGGGACCGGGCUCGUGGGCCCGCGGCUGCAGCGGCUGUGUCCUCGCCGAGGCGGGAUGGAGUCCGGGGCGCAGGUGUCUGGGCUGAAGUCCACCGCAGAAGAUGAGGGUCCUUCUUCAGUGACGAGUCAGCUGUCCCCGAGAAACGUCCCGAAGCAUAGCACCCCCCGGGAUGCCACACCCAGCCUGCACAGGAGGCCACCGGGCCGUGUCCCCUACCGCCCGGAAGGGAGCCCCGUGGCUGAGUCCCCGCUGCCCGAAAGCCUUUCCUGGAGCACCAUGGCCACCCUCCGGAACCUGCAGCUCUCUACCGUCUGGCCGGCACCCACCUCUGACCCCUGGGAUCCCGAGGAAGAUCCUCUUACACCCGCCUCGGUCACUCGGAGGCAGCAACAGGCAGAGUCCCGGGGAGCACGGAGCCGGUCUCCACACUUGAGGUUGCCUGGGGUCCCCAACACCUCGGGGAAGAGAAGGAGGGACCCAAAGGAGCUGGCGGCUGUGACAGAGCGCGUGAGGCAGUGGGAAGUCAGGCUGCUUCGGGACAUCGAGGAGGCCACUCAGCACGAGCUCACCAUCGAGGACGACUGCAUUUUGGGGCCGGGCCAGGAAGCACUGUGUUCUGGGGCUCCCGCGGCCAGCCCUCCAUCCACCGACUGCAAACCCUGAUCCUUGGGGCUCCCCCGGGCCUCACCUUGACCACUUCCCUCUCCACUGUGAUGCUUGGGUUGGGUGGGGGGCAAGUUAAGGCUCCCGUAACUCCGAUCCCAUGCAAGGCCCUCAGAAGCACCAACGGAGAGCAGGGGAUGGAGGGAGCAGGUGCCCCUGCCCCCGGGGGUUCCCCAGGGCCACCCAGGGACCAGGGAGCGUGGUGAGCUGCCCCCCCCCCCAACACAGAGCUGGGGCCACACUCCCAGCAGGCUCAGGGUGCAUUCCGGGGAAGUCAGACACCGCGACUCACCGGGAGGUGGUUCUGGCAGUUCAGGCACUGGUUUUGUGGGGGUGGUGAGAAUUUAACCCCCUACGGUAGUGCGUUCCUGGGGCUGGGGUCCCACCAAACAGAUGGGGGGGUGCGGGCCCUCUGUCGAGAGGAGGGAGCGGGGUGCUUGGGGCCCUUCAAUUAACACACAAAACCACAUGGACCUCCCAGUCCAGACCAUCUCGGGCACAGCUUUGCGGGAUACUUCAUGGUUAUAAAAACAGAGCUCGAUUUUAUUCUUAUAAAUGUGUUCAUCCCUACUCUAUUUUAUUUUGUAAUAUUUAUUUUUGAGACACAGGGAGAGGGAGACACAGAAUCUGAAGCAGCUCCAGGCUCCCAGCUGUCAACCCAGAGCCCGAUGCAGGGCUCGAACCAACGAACCGUGAGAUCAUGACCUGAGUGGAAGUUGGACACUUAACCGACUGAGCCCUCCCCCGCACCCCUAAAUUCUUUAAAUCAUCUGAAUACAGUAGGGGUAUCUCAUUUGUGGGGUUUUUAAAAAGCAGGGAUUUGAAAUAGUGGCUAAGAACAGCGUGUAGCUAGGCUGGACGAGGAUGGCGGCUCUGGCGUUUAUUCUGAGUCGGGAACAA